UACUAACCGUUAGUUCUUUAUAAAUAAAGGACUCCAUCAAGAAAAAUCCGUUCGACGGAUGUCGAUAAAUUUUUAAUAUUCGAGACAUAUCAAAAAUUUAUCGACAUCUGUCGAACAGUUUUACACAGACUUAUAGGUGGUCUCAAACCAAAAUCUUUUAUUACAUUCGCACACAAAUCCAGCGUCUUACCUCAUAACUUUAACAAAUGGGUUCUCGCUAUUGUCCAUAUAAAAACGGGCCAUUGUAGGCGCAACAGAUAUCUGUUGCUGUAUUCGAAGCCUUUCAGUGUUGCCAGCACUUUGAAUUACCCAAAUUUUAAGCUGAUUGUUAAUUUUAUACAGUUUUUUUUUUGUUCUCACUAUUAUUGUCGUGUAAUUAAAUACUAUAUUAUGUGUUGAGUUGAACAGUAAUGUGUUAUAACAAUGCUACAACAUUAAUUUUAAUUGCAACUAAAUACUUGUUAAAAUAGAAAAAAAUGAAAAAAUGUGUAAAUUUUAAUGACUUGAAAAAUAUUUAGUCUGCCGCCGCCGUUCCAAUAUUUCAAUCAACUCAGUAUUAAAUGAUAGACACACAUUUGUUAUGAAACUAUAGCAAAAUAUUACUAUAUUUCAAUAAAAUAUAGAAUGCUCCUCUUAAGGAUUAUGUACUAUUUGUGAAAACCCUGAAAGCAAGCGGCGUAAAAAGUCCCAAAUUUCAUAUCUCUGGGCAAUUUAUUCAAACAUGGCAUCCCAGACUCGUAGCUCCAGUGUCUAGAGAGAGCUCGUCGUAGCCACCCGCGUAGCAGCUACGCCGUAGCGCAUGGUACACGCGGCUACGAAAGUUAUACAUCUGUGGUCCUAAAGUAGUGCAGUGGAAACAUUUUGCACUGACACAAUUUUUAAGUGCAGUGGAGAACUGUGUCGUCGAGUACUGUGUUUUUAAACUAAAAGCUUUCCAACAAAUUGAGUUUACAAUUCAAACUAUGAACAAUAAAUUUGUAGAACAUCAAAUAUGAAAAAAGCGUGAUUUGAAAAAUAACAAUGAAACAUUCGGUCGUAAGUUAACCCGAAAAUGCUGAACGGUACAACGGACCGGAGCGGGUUUUCGUCCCUGCAGUCGUCGCCAGUGAAAGUGUCAACAUCUCCCGUUCGGGCGUCGCCUAGUCCCGUUCGCGCGCCGUCUUCUCCUUUGAAAUCAUCGUUGUCUAGUGGUAGGAACCGGUCGCCGCGGCGGUGUCAGUUUGCGGCGCCUACUGAAGAUGCGCGGGAUAAGUGUGGCACGUCGUGGUUGUGUCGGAGGGGCGCGGGGGUGGGGGAGGAGAGUGACCCGGAGCGGUCUCCGGGGCCUAGCGCGCCGCUGCCGCAGGGUUGUGAAGAAUCCGCGCCGCCGCCGAAGAACUGCUUCAGGCUGGUUAUGUUGGGGUCAGCAAGAGUUGGCAAAACCUCCCUGGUCUCCCGAUUCCUGGGCAACAAGUUCGAGGACAGCUACACCCCGACCAUCGAGGACUUCCACCGCAAGUUGUACAGGAUCCGGGGGGAGGUAUACCAACUGGACCUUCUGGACACGUCGGGAAACCAUCCGUUUCCUGCAAUGAGAAGACUGUCAUUUCUCACUGGCGACCUGUUCGUGUUGGUGUUCGCCAUGGAUAGCCGGGAGUCGUUCGAGGAGGUGAUCCGUCUCCGGGAGCAAAUCCUGGAGACUAAGGCCAGCGCCACCAGCGGAGGCAGCCGCGGCCGCCGCCAGAUGCCCAGGGUGCCUAUGGCCAUCGCUGGGAACAAGUGCGACCGAGACCUCAAGACUGUCCAACCUGAAGAAGCGUCAGCAUACUGUAGCACACAAGACACAGCGUGCGUAUUCGUCGAGACGUCAGCGAAAAAAAACUUCCACGUUGACGACCUCUUCUACGAGCUGUUCGUCGUCGCCAACCUGCCUUUAGAAAUGGCUCCGAAUCACCACAAACGAGUCAGCACCGCCUUUGGAAGCCCCUGUACCUUACCGCCGACUAGUAGUCAAAGCAGUAGAAGUAAGAAAUGCACGUUAUCUAUUAAGAGAAGAUUGUCAGACGCGUGUGGCGUCGUCGCACCUAAUGUUCGAAGGCCUAGCAUCAGAACAGACCUAAUGAUUAUGAGAACCAAGACUUGUGCCAAAGGAGAUGGAGACAGCGCCAGCGGGAGUCCAAAGCUCAAUCUCAAUAGACUGGUCAGAACCACUGGACAGACAGACAAAAGGUCCUGCGCUAUCCAGUGAUAUUUUAAGUAUGGUUUAGUUAUGAGAUGCUGAUUUCACGUGUUGGAGUUGUCGUAGCCCAUAUGAUCUCAGUGACAAUGUUAAUUUCAUUUUUUCUGACGUCAUUAUGUUAUCAUUGAUGACCUGCUACAUAUUCUUUUUGUUUUAGUCUUCAUUUUUUGUUUUAUUAAAUUUUUCAUUUGUUGAAAUGAUGAAAUACCAACAUAAAUAGUUCGAGUUUAAUAACGUCAGAAAAGAUGACUGUUUAUGGAUAUUCAAGCCAGGUGCUAUAGACGAAUGACAAAAUCGUUUCUCUUUCACUCAAAUAUUUACUUAGACUCCAAUUACAAAAUUAGAUUCAAUCACGUAAUCAAUUAAGUAAAUUGAUACAAUUUAUAUAAUCCCUGUUCGAUUGCCUGUCUAAUUUUGUCAACGAUUUGUAGUUCAUUGAGCCCAGCGUGAAUUAAGUGGUGUUAUUAUUUUUGACACAAGCUUUUAUUAUUGUCUGAGAGAUCUUAUUGCAUUCAAUGUGUGACAAAAAAAUCAUGUCUGUGCAGUAAACCAUUGAGGAGUUCCCAGGUUUGCAGUUGUUUCUGGGUGCACCAUCUGGUC